AUGCGGAAGCCACAUCCAUCUAUAGUUUUCUUUUUAAUUGUGGUGUUUUCUACUUGUUGUUUGGCUGUCAAUCAGACUUUUGUGAAUACGACGAAAACAAAACUUAAAAUACUUGGUGUCUUCGGUCAUUUUGGCAAGAGUCAUUUCGACGUGUUCAAGCCGCUUCUGGAGGAACUAGCUCGAAGAGGUCACGAGCUCACUGUGGUCUCGUAUUUUCCUAGAAGUGACAAUGCCAAGGCGAAAGAACCGCUGCCCAAUUAUAAAGACAUCAGUCUGGUGAUUUCCAAUGACGGCAUCUUCGUAAAUAUUAUAGACCUUCAUCAGAUCAAUCACGGAUGGUCUCGUGUCAUGCAGGAUAUCUAUAUGUUAAGGACCAUGGCAGAUUACGCGUGCAAUACCGGUCUGCGAAGUUCGAAUGUUAAAAAGUUCCUUCAAUCCGACGAAAAAUUUGAUCUAAUUCUCACAGAGAAUUUUAACACCGAUUGUUUUUUGGGUUUUAUUCAUCACUUUAAAGUGCCAUAUAUUGCUUUAUCAUCGCAUCAAAUUAUGCCGUGGACCAACAAUGAUAUGGCCAAUGUUGAUAAUCCCAGUUACAUCCCGAAUAUACUAAUUGGCUUAACUAAACCAUUAAAUUUCUUCAGUCGAAUAAAAAAUGCAUUAUUUCUGUUAUUGACUAAAGCGAUCUAUGAAUAUUACUUCCGAGUUGUUGAUCAAGUUGUCGCUAACGAAGUCUUUGGUCCGGAUCUUCCCGAGUUAAAAGAAAUUGCCCUACAAUCGCAAGCGUUGUUAGUAAAUACCCACAGUAGUAUUCAUGGUAGCAGGCCUCAGUUGCCAAAUGUAAUAGAAAUCGGUGGACUUCACAUUUCGACCAAAAUCAAUCCGCUACCAAAGGAUGUAGCUGAGUUCCUUGACAGCGCCCAUGAGGGAGUGCUGUAUUUCAAUUUAGGCUCCAUGAUCAAGAUGUCAUCAAUGCCACAGAAGAAGCUGGAUGCUAUAUUAAAAGUGAUGGGCUCGAUACCGCGGAAAGUGAUUUGGAAGUGGGAGGUUGAUGAAUUACCGUACAAGCUGGACAACGUAAUGACCAGAAAAUGGUUGCCUCAAUUCGACAUAAUGAACCAUCCGAAUGUUAAAUGUUACUUGGGUCAUGGUGGACUUCUCGGUCUCUCGGAGAGUGUUUACGUGGGUCUACCAAUGGUCUUAGUACCAAUGUACGGUGAUCAGUUUCACAAUUCUGCUGCUGCGGAGACCAAAGGUGCCGCGGUGGUGGUUGCAUACAACGAUUUAACCGAAGAAACAUUAAGACAUGCUCUGGAUAAAGUUUUUAAUGAUACCAGUUAUCACAAGAAUGCCCAACGGCUUUCAAAAGCUUACCGUGAUCGACCUGCCACGCCGAUGGAAACAGCGAUAUGGUGGACGGAAUAUGUCGCCCGCGGCAAUGGCAGAUUUUACUUCCGUAGCGACAGCACGGGUUUAUCCUGGUACCAGCAUUGUCUCAUCGAUAUAAUAAUUGUUUUGAUUAUCGUCUCCAUGGUGUUCAUAUACAUCCUUUUCCGGUUGAUUAAAUUAUUGUUGUCGUUGCUCAGAUUCUUCAAAAGAACAUCUGAAAGUCAGAUCAGGGAGAAGAGAAGAUCAAAGAAGGACAAUUGAUUAUGUCGUAUCUUAGAAUAUUUAAAAGAAAACAAUUUUUCGAGAUAAAAGAUAGCAAAGAAUGUGGUUCUUUAUACCGAAUUACAGGCGAAUUUUGAACAGUGAAGAGACGAAAUUGUAUUCAAACAUCGGGUGAAAAUAAUUUAGCAACAGACUCUUGCAAUUGUUUAUUAUUGUCCUCCUACAGUAAGGAGGAUCAGAUGCGAUUCUCAGCUUUAUCCAUUUUGCAAAAUACAUGCGCUGUUUAAUAGAGAAAGAAGUUUUAUGAUAUAUAUUAUUUAUUUAUUUUUAUACCAAUUUCGUUAUAUUGAAAAUUUACCAUAGGAGGGUUAACUGUCAUUUAUGCAUUUUCAAAGUCCAAUCUGAAUAUCGUCCCAAGUAGAUUUUUAUACUUUUUCGAUA